UUUGCUAGCAUUUUUGUAAGCAAGAUUACAUACAUAACCUCAAAAGAAUAUUCGAAAGUAAAUAAAAUAGAUGAUAAAUCGGAUAUUUAUUCGCAAAAUGUCUCAGAACAUUGUUACCAAGUUAAUCAACAAUGCCGACACAGCGGAAAAGCGUUUACUUGAAUUAAGAAACAAACUAGAACAAGUAAAAAAGGUUAAGAUAGAAGAAAGAAUCAAUGAACUUACUAAAGAAAACUCUGCUUUAUCAGCUAAAGUUGAAAAGGCAAGAAACGAGCUAAUCAGACUAGAGACUGCUAAUGGGAAGAAACAAUAUCCUAUCCCUGGAAAAGCCGCAACAGCAUCCAUCAAUGUAGCAACCAAUGUGGUGCCAACUAAAGUGGAAAAUAUUGAGCAACCAAUCUCCAAAGCACAAAAAGAAAAAAAAGAGAAGGAUCCAGUAAAGAAAACAAAGGAGAAACCUGCAGCGGCGGCGAGCGCGGAGGCACCGGUCGACGUCGGCAAGCUGGACUUCAGGAUCGGCAAGAUCAUUGAGGUCAACAAGCAUCCUGACGCUGACACACUUUAUGUAGAGAAGAUUGACUGCGGAGAGGACACUCCCCGCACUGUCGUGUCUGGCCUGGUCAACCACGUGCCCAUUGAAGAAAUGAGGGACAGGAUUGUCAUGGUCCUUUGUAACUUGAAGCCAUCAAAGAUGAGAGGAGUCACAUCAGAAGCUAUGGUUAUGUGUGCAUCAUCACCAGCUAAAGUGGAAGUGUUGGUGCCACCUAGUGGGGCUGUCCCGGGGGACCUUGUCUCAUGCGAGGGAUUCCCACGAGUGCCUGAAGCUCAACUGAAUCCUAAGAAAAAGAUAUUUGAAACCUGUGCUCCAGAUCUGAAGACCAAUUCUGACAAAGUAGCAUGCUACAAAGGAGUGCCACUGCAAGUGCCAGGCAAAGGACCCAUUGUUGCCCCAUCACUGAAAGAUGUUCAAGUCAAGUAGAGUGUAAAUAACUUUGUAAUAAAUUGAUACAUAUUUA